GUCCCAACCCAUCUCUGCCCCGCCGACCAUUUAGAGGUGUGUUUGGACAGGGCUGUUUGAAUCGUAACGCGUUCGGGAAUGCUAAAUGGGCGUCGUGCGGCGGACGCAGUAAGCGACGGUUUGGUAGUACCCGCUCUGAUGGGCGGGAACGGAGGCGAGUUGGGUGGGUGGUAUCGACGGCGUUGGGAGCCUUUGCCACCCCCCCCCCGUGUCUCCGCCGGCCGCUGGAAAAGUGUAUGUACAGUAUGUAAGCGUCGGAGUUACCGUCCAAAACGCGUCCCACUUUACGCGUAGUGACCAAGAGACGAGAUGCGCCCGCUUGACCAACAAAAAGGCGCGCCUGCUCGAUCGCAGGGGCGGGUCCGAGAAGGGGUUUUUGACGAGAGGGAGGUCCUGGCGGCGCGCCCACCACCCGCUUCCAGUUGGCGUUCUCGUCGCCCCGUACGGCAAUCUAUCGUCUGCGCCGGAGUGGCGAGACAGCAUCGUUCAGCCUAUCCCGCUCCUUUAACCCGCCCCCAUCCGGUUCUGCCAUCGGACGGGACGAAUGUUCUCGUUUUUUUUUUCUGCCCAGCACAUCUCGGGGGCUUCUCGCUAGGACUUUCUCUCUUUGCCCAGUCCCCAAUUCGGGGCGUGCGGCAAAAAACCCCGAAACAGGGCGCGUUUCCCGACACGAGUGUGGGGUGCUGGCCAAACGCAUGCGGGUUCGUCCGGAUCCUAUCAUACACCCACACCUCUCCAGCGAGGCGGGAUGAGAAAGGGAUCCCCACCCAUCCAAAGGGAAAGAACGGCACAAACACCCCAGCCCGCACCCAGCACGCGCUGCCUGGGCGAAACCCCCAUGCGAAUCAGACCCCGAAGCCGAUCGCUUGCUACAUCGUUCACUUCCCCCGGUCCAGUCUUGCAUUUCCGCCCUUCGUUACUGGGGACCGUGGGGAGGUUCUGUGGGUGGGCAUUGUGUUGGGCGACGGGAGGAAGUGAGUCGCGGGUUCUAGCGGGGGUUCUAGGCGUUGUAUUCAUUGGCCGCACGCUGGUUUAUGCAGGAGGACCAGAGGGGGCAGGGGUGCGAAUGCGACGAGGUUGACGCGUGAUGUGGUAAGCCCCGACUUCGCGUGUUGCCCAAACAAAGUGUCUUGUAAUUGUCGCGUCUGCCGCUCCGCCUGCCGCGCAAGGCGAAACGACCACCGCAAUGACCAAUGCCGACCAAGAUGUUCCUCAUGACGGUUGACUUUCUGAACUUUGGCUGGGAAGUCCGUCUUCGCCCCAUCUUUUAUUCUCCCGAGCGGUCCAGCACUGCUGUAAGAAACAAAUUCGAGUGCCCCCUGGCUCCCUCGAGGCCGCUGUUUGGCAGAAUGGGUCAUCAGCCGAUUGGGGGCAACGUAAAACCACAUCCCAAUACGCAA